AUGAACCCCGUACCCUCCGAUCGAGGGCUCAGGUGUAAUAUCCCCGCGAACGAGGAAGACGAUGCGGCGCUGUACGGCGAGGAGCCCGUCGUGCAGGGUGACUUCACCUGGCGUGCUGUACUUGUUGGACUCGGAGUGGGAGUCAUUCUCUGUAUGACGAACAUAUACUUCGGCUUGCAGACAGGUUGGGUCUCGAUGAUGUCGCUGCAGUCGGCGCUCCUGGGCUUCGCUAUCUUCAAAAUAUUCCCUCUUCUUCCUCGACUUUUCCCUAACACUAGUCCCUUGACUGUGCAGGAGAACGUUGUGCUUCAAACGACCGCGGUGGCGACAGGAACGAUGCCCCUCGCCGCCGGCUUGGUCGGUAUUAUUCCUGCGCUGGGCAUGAUGACGCCGGAGGAAGACGGCCGGCCGCCUAUCCACCUGACGUACAUCCAGCUCGUUCUUUGGUGUCUCGGUGUCGCUUUCUUCGGCGUCUUCCUCGCUGUACCCCUGCGAAGGCAGGUCAUCGUGAAGGAGAAGCUCGUCUUCCCUUCUGGUACUGCGACGGCACAGCUCAUCGCCCUCCUCCACAAGGAACCGCCGCCGAGUCAAGGUCUCAACCCCGGUAGUGGACCUUACCGACGCAUUCCUACUGAGGCCAAUGAGGAGAUCAACGAGGAGCGAAACAAGGACGUCGAGGAACUUCUGAACGGCUCAGGCUGGCGUGCCCUCGGUUGGAGUUUCGCUGCCUUCUUGUACCCCGUGACGUUCGCAAUUCCGGUGUUCGAUAUUCUUAGCGCACCGUUUGGCGUCAGCCUUGCUGCCAAGUGGAUGUGGUGGUUCACGCCUUCCCUGUCCUACGUCGGCCAGGGAAUCAUCAUGGGUUUCCCUGUCACGGUAGCCAUGAACAUUGGCAUGAUUGUUGGCUGGGCGGUCCUGUCUCCUCUAUCGAAGAACGCCGGCUGGGCUCCCGGCCCGGUCGGCUCCACCACGAACGGUGCUCGUGGCUGGAUCCUCUGGGUCGCCCUGGCCAUCAUGAUUGCGGAGAGCCUCAUCUCUCUCGCCCCUUUGACAUACUCUUACAUCAAGGAUGCGCUGAACCGAGGAAAGUUAUAUCAGGAAGCUCGCCAGUUCGAAGGUGCGGACGCUGCUGAGAGUGACGGAUACUACGACCUGCCCGAGGAAGACGAGCCUGAGCACGAGCCUCCUGAGCGACUGGUACCCACCAAGUGGGUUACGACCGGACUCGCCGCGAGCGGCAUUCUCGGUGUGGUGCUCGUAUGGAUUGUGUUUGGCGCCGACGGGAUCCACCCUUGGGCGACAGCGAUCGGCCUCGUCCUCGCGUCCAUCCUCAGUCUGGUCGGUGUCCGCGCUCUUGGACAGACUGACAUCAACCCUGUAAGCUUCCAGAUCGUAUCGCUGCUGCAACCGGGCAAUGUUGUCGCGAACGUUAUCGCUGGCGGUGUCGCCGAGGCGGGCGCCCAGCAAGCGGGUGACCUGAUGCAGGACCUGAAGACGGGCGACCUGUUGCGCGCGGCUCCACGCUCGCAGUUUUACGGUCAGAUGAUCGGCUCGCUCGCGUCCGUGUUCAUCUCCGCCGCGGGGUACAAGUUCUACACGAGCGUGUACCAGAUCCCAGGGCCGGAGUUUGCCGUUCCGUCGGCUGGCGUGUGGCUUAACCUCGCCCGCCUGCUGAACAACGGCACGCUGCCCUCACACGUCGUGCCUUUCAUGGUCGUCUUUGGCGGUGUGUUCGGUCUCAUCGCCGGUCUCAAGAUCAUGCAGCCUCGCAUUGCACGCCUCGCCCCCGCCCUCGCGGCGAACAUGAAUUAUCUUCCCUCCGGCAUCGCGUUCGCCAUCGGCUUCCUCAACACACCGAGCUUCUCCCUAGCGCGCCUCAUUGGCGGCUACAUCGCAUACCGCGCAGGACGAAGGACGGGCGGCGAGACGCCGCUCUUCUGGAUUGUCCUCGCGAGUGGCUUUGUGCUUGGCGAGGGUGUGCUCAGCAUCGUCACACUGACACUCACGUCCCAGGGAUACCACGCCCUGAGCUGCUGGGGCUGCGGCCUCGGCGGAGGAGGUUACUGCACCGGAGGUUGCUAG